CAACGGAAAAAGGAGAAGAGGAAGUCCACCAGGAAAGUGGCCGGCGGCCUGGGAGGACGGGAGGACGCUCUAGCCCCUUCCUCUCGAUGACUAGGCGGAGACAGCGGGCGCGAGAGGGAGAGAGAUGCGGUUGCUUCCUGCCCGCUGUUUUGCUGCUGUCGCCGGUCGCGCUGUCCUGGCAGCAUAACACCGGCUUCAUCUCCCUGUGAGGACGACUUCUCCUCCUAAAAAGAAACUGGAUGGCUUCUAAUGUGAGCCUGAAUCUGGAUAAAGAAACGUUGCUGGAGGAUGGGGUGCCACCUGCCAAGAAACCUAGGAAACUGUUGCCGAGCCUAAAAACCAAGAAGCCCCAGGAGCUCGUUCUGGUGAUUGGGACGGGCAUAAGUGCCGCAGUCGCUCCCCAAGUGCCGGCCCUGAAGUCUUGGAAGGGCUUGAUCCAGGCCCUGCUGGAUGCUGCUAUUGACUUUGACCUCCUGGAAGACGAGGAGCGGAAGAAGUUUCAGAAAUGCCUCCGGGACGAUAAGAACCUCAUCCACGUUGCCCACGACCUUAUCCAAAAGCUGUCGCCACGCACAAGCAAUGUCCGUUCCACGUUUUUCAAGGACUGCCUAUACGAGGUCUUUGAUGACCUGGAGUCCAAAAUGGAAGACACAGGGAAACAGCUCCUUCAGUCCGUUCUCCACUUGAUGGAAAACGGCGCUCUCGUGCUGACCACAAACUUUGACAACUUGCUGGAAAUUUACGCAGCAGACCAAGGAAAAAGGCUUGAAUCUCUUGACCUGACCGAUGAGAAAAAGGUGCUGGAGUGGGCGCAGGAGAAAAGGAAGCUCAGUGUCCUACACAUCCACGGUGUGUACACAAACCCCAGUGGGAUAGUGCUGCACCCAGCUGGCUACCAGAAUGUGCUACGCAACACAGAGGUUAUGCGAGAGAUCCAGAAGCUGUAUGAAGCCAAAUCCUUCCUGUUCCUGGGCUGUGGCUGGACUGUGGACGACACAACUUUCCAAGCCCUCUUCCUAGAAGCUGUGAAGCACAAAUCUGAUCUGGAGCACUUUAUGCUCGUGCGCCGUGGGGAUGUGGACGAGUUCAAGAAGCUCAGAGAAAACAUGCUGGACAAAGGGAUUAAAGUGAUCUCAUAUGGGAACGAAUAUGCAGACUUGCCUGAUUAUUUUGAGAGGCUGGCAAAUGAGAUCUCCAACCGGGGUCGAGCAGGUCCACCUCGGGAGGGACAGCUAAAUGGCAUGGCUGCAGCACACACGGAAAUCAAAGCUGCUGCCCCAUCAACAUGAAACUGUAAAGCGUACUUUUGGACUCGGCAACUCGUCUUGGACCCUUUGGAUCUGGGCAUGGAGAUUUGUCUUUCCAAUGUGAUGUCGUGUUUUGUUUUUUUUCUAUUUAAGGUUGUAUCUGCAGAGAGAUCCGUCCUCUCUCCCACUGAGCAAGAGUUUGCUACUAGUGCUUUUGUAUUCUGUAAGGGUUUCAACUAAAAUGCAAGCAUUUUUUUAAAAAAAGAAUUACUUGAAGCUCUAGUUUUCUAAGUCUUUUCUUUAUACAGUGUUUUAUAUGUUUGGAGCUAUAAUAAAUAAAAAGGAUGUUCACUUA